UUCACGCAGGUCACGUGACGGGAAACCUGUUACUACGCCAACCGCCCCCCUCCCUCCCUCCUAUUGCAGACCGUCAGGCUAAACGGAGGGAGGCUAGCAGUUAGCUUCAACUGGCAAGACGGCGAGAUGAGUUUCCUGGGAGGAUUGUUUGGGCCGGUAUGUGAGAUAGAUGUGGUGCUGAAUGAUGCAGAGAACAGAAAAACCGCCGAGUUAAAGACAGAAGAUGGAAAAGUGGAGAAACACUACCUAUUCUAUGAUGGAGAGUCGGUGUCUGGAAAGGUGAACAUGGUUCUCGUGAAUCUAAAUGUGAAGCAGGGAGGGAAGCGGCUGGAGCAUCAGGGGAUCCGCAUCGAGUUUGUCGGACAGAUAGAGCUGUUCUCUGAUAAGAGCAACACCCAUGAGUUUGUGGACUUGGUGAAAGAGCUGGCCUUGCCUGGAGAGCUAACCCAGAACAGAAGCUAUGACUUUGAGUUCAUGCAGGUGGAGAAGCCUUAUGAGUCCUACAUCGGAGCAAACGUCAGGCUAAGAUAUUUCCUCCGGGUGACAAUAGUCCGCCGUCUGUCUGACUUAAUAAAGGAAUACGAGUUAAUUGUUCACCAGCUGGCCACUUAUCCAGACGUAAACAACUCCAUUAAGAUGGAGGUCGGCAUCGAGGACUGUCUUCACAUCGAGUUUGAAUACAACAAAUCCAAAUACCACCUGAAGGACGUGAUAGUUGGGAAGAUUUACUUCCUCCUGGUCAGGAUUAAAAUCCAGCACAUGGAGCUGCAGCUCAUCAAGAAGGAGGUAACAGGCAUAGGUCCGAGCACUACAACCGAGACGGAAACGGUUGCAAAGUAUGAGAUCAUGGACGGCGCUCCAGUUAAAGGGGAAUCGAUCCCAAUCAGACUCUUCCUGGCAGGAUAUGACUUAACGGCCACCAUGAGGGACGUUAAUAAGAAGUUCUCGGUUCGCUACUUUCUCAAUCUGGUGCUGGUGGACGAGGAGGACAGGAGAUACUUUAAACAACAGGAGAUUGUUUUGUGGAGAAAAGCUCCAGAGAAGAUGAGGAAAAGAAACUUCCACCAGCGCUACGAGUCGCCCGAGCCCAGAAGCCAGCCGGUUUCCGCAGAGCAGCCGGAGAUGUGAAGGUCGCACCCGAGAAAAACUGAAAACUCACGCAAACGCAUCACAGCUCCUUCCUGCAGAACAGCCAGAGGUGUGAGGGCUGACCCUGCUCUCUCCAUGGACUGAGAAAUGUCUGUCAACACAAAUACACAUUAGUAAUCCUCAGACUUCCCUUUUUCCCACAAACCCUGCUCACCACUUCACAGCUUGGGAUGUGAGCUGCCACCAUGGCGCUCUCAACUAGAGCUGAAACACACAAUCAGAUGCACACAAAAGCAACAACACAAGUCUGCUGUCGAAUGUUAAAGCUAACGUGAAGAGCAGCCCAAUUAGAAAAGACGGCCGAGUUAAUUCUGGCUCCUCUGGACUAUAAAUACACAAAGCAAGCACACAUACAUGAAGCCAUACAGUCUCAGUCUGCUGAAUGCAAAAAGAAAGAGGAGGAGAAGAUGGCUACAGACCACUGCAGCACUUCUUCUGAAUCAAGAGCUUCUGGACUUUCUCUCACACGUUUCUGCACACUUUACAUAAAAGUAUCGCUUCGUAGAGUCUGCAUGAGCUGCUCUGAGAAUGAAAGGCUUCAAAGACCGGACGAGGCGACAAUUACGCUCUGUAUUUAUAUACACUACCUGACUGUGAGCUGCCGUUCACUGAGCUGGAGAGUCAAGGAUGUCAUAGUGGAGCGGGUUUAUUACUACAAAGAUGUUACAGCGGUUUACAGAAGUUCUGCUUUAAUUGGGGAGUCAAGUGCAAUAAGUGUCCACAACGACGUAAAACCCACACUAUAGUUCUCACUUAAAGAAAAGCAUAACUCCACCUUAAUGUGACUGUGUUUGCCGUUCAGAGCUUCAUAUCUUUUUAAAAUGAAUUAUCUUAAGGUGAUUUAUUUAGGUCAAAUAAUCUGCAGGUUUUUUGUUUGACUGUCAAAAAGCACUACAGAUAUCGAAGAGAAAGCAUUUUACUCUUGCUAAGAUCGAUUCAUAUGUCUCUAAAAAGUGUGUGUCAGGCUAUAGCAGGAACUUGUGUAAAUUAUUUUAAAGGUCAUGACAUGUCAAAGUCUUCGCACAAUGUUGUCUUUGAUCCUUCUCAGUUCUGCUUAUGACUGAAAUACUGUAUAUUUGCUAUGGUGGGAUUGGUUUGCUCAUAUUGUUAAAAAAUGAAAAAGCAUUUCAGGGUGUGUUUGGUGGAUGAUACGGUUUUAAUUUCGUUGCUGAAAUUCUGUAAAUUCCUAUUUAAUUAGAAUGAAGGCAUUCAGUGAUCACAAUGUGAUAUUUGUCCUUUGCAUUCACAUUUUUUCUGUCAGCUGACCAGUCCCUCAGUGGGAAACAUUUUCCUUCUCAUUUCAACAGCUCACAGAUAGAAGUUGCAUCCUUCCACUUUUACCUGGAAAACACGACUCUGUUGUCGCUGCAUAGCUGCUAGCCAGAAGGAUCAGCCUGUAUAUUUACUGAUCUUGUUAGUCUUCAGGGGUUAAAGCUUUUUGAGCCCACUGGUUCAAUAUAUCCAGAAUAAUAUCGUAAUAAACGGUUUAUGGCUUCUGUUGUAACCACAGGAAGGGAUGUGCUUUCCACAUACUGUAAAUGCAACGAUGUUCCACUGUGAUGCUCAGACCUGUGGUUUAGGUCUUGCUUUAAUGACACUGUUAUCAGUCCCAUGUGAUUUCUGCCUCCAGCUCUGAUCUGUGGACACUUUGCUCUUCAGUGCUGUACUUUGUGUUGAAGGGGCAUGUUUCCUGAAAGUUAUCAUCACUCAAGAAACAACUUCACCUCAGAUUUUCUGAGUUUUUUUUUUUUCUUUUUCGCUACACAUUUUAAGUCAGCUUUAUAUGUUUAUUUAUUUUUGCUUCUUAUGUUUGGUGUUGCAUUCGUUUUCAAUUAGUUUGAACAGACAAAUCUAAAGUUCAGGUUUUCACUGUCCUUAUAUUCUAGUUUUGAUCAUGUAAUCUGUGUCUUAUCUUGUGUGGAAACGGUGUAAUUUACUGAAAAACAAUUGUUUUGUUUUUUUUGGCUUUUGAUCAGAAUUUGUUGGGUUUUCUUUACGGUCAAAAACACUUCAAAGCCAACAGUCUCUGCCUCUUUGUUUUCUGCAUGUUUGUCUACUCAUGUCAUUGUGUGACUGUGUGUAUGGGAUAAUGUGUGUGUAUAUAUUCUAUACACCAAACUCAAAUGUAUAUAGCUAAAAUCAUGAAUAAAGCAGAUUUAUACUGAACUUA